AUGGCGAAGCGGUCUCCUCCUCCUGCCCCCUCGCCCGCCAACUCGAAGCGACAACGUCUCUCGCCCACCCGGUCAGCCGCAACGUCCCGCACAGGCACUCCAACAUCCAUUACAGCACCCUCGCGCGCCCUCUCACCCGGCCAGGACUCGCUCUCGUCCCUCACCGACGACGAGUCGCGAGGGUCCAGUCCUGAAGUCCAACUCGCCGCAGCAGUCAAGUCUGCACCGCCGACUGCUGCGCAACCGGCUCCUAGUACGAACGGCAGUCGAGCGAGCAGUCCUCGGAAGGCGGGAGGGCGGAAGAAGGGACGGGGUGCGGCUGCUCCUGCGGAAGUCGAGGAUGCGGAACGGGUGGCAGAGGCAGCGGCAGAGGGUCAUCACGUCGUCAGUGCCAAGACGGUACCCUCGUCUGAGCCUGGGCGAGGCGGCGCGGCGAAUGGGUCAGGCGCAACGGCAGGAAAGGGAUCGCGGGCUACGCAGGGAGGGAAAGGCAGACGGGGAGAAGAGGCGCUCGAGCAUGCGGUUGCGGCGCGAGAGGAAGUGGAGCGACGAAGAGCGCAGCUGAAGGAGGUCAACGGCGUGGGAGUUGCAGGGGCGCGGGCACUUGACCAGGAUCCAAAGGCUGUCAAGGUCAAGGAGGAAGAUGUUGACGUCGAGGUUGUGCACGGUGAGGAUGCCGAAGAGGUGACGGAGGCGCCUCGGAAGGAGCGACCUUCCAUCGCCGAAGAACGCGCCGGCAUUAUCCGCUUCCCCGUCGUGACGAAUGACGGCAAGCCCGAAUCGAUGAUCAUUCUCACCGGCCUCAAGAACAUCUUUCAGAAGCAGCUGCCGAAGAUGCCGCGCGAGUACAUCGCUCGACUCGUCUUCGACCGCGCGCAUUACAGCCUGGCGAUUGUCAAGAGGGGACUGGAGGUCGUUGGCGGGAUCACGUACAGGCCGUUCGACGGGCAAGGGUUUGCGGAGAUCGUCUUCUGUGCGGUCACGGGUACCGAGCAGGUGAAGGGUUACGGCUCGCACAUGAUGAACCACCUCAAGGACAUCGUCAAAGAGACGACCAAGUGCAUGCACUUCCUGACGUACGCCGACAACUACGCUAUCGGCUACUUCAAGAAGCAGGGCUUUUCGAAGGAGAUCAAGCUCGACCGGAGCGUGUGGGCGGGUUACAUCAAGGACUACGAGGGCGGUACGAUCAUGCACUGCGCCAUGUUGCCCCGCGUCGAGUACCUCAAAGUCUCCGCCAUGCUCGCCCAACAAAAAGAGCUCAUCCGCUCCAAGAUCCGCCUCUUCUCCCAAUCGCACGUCGUACAUCCCGGCUUGGCGUUCUUCGCGCAACAUCCGCCCGGGACGAAGAUCGAUCCGAGUUUGGUGCCGGGGUUGAAGGAGAGUGGGUGGACGCCUGAGAUGGACCAAUUGACCAGACGACCGAAGCGAGGCCCACAGUUCGCGGUGAUGAAGAAGCUCCUCACACUCAUGAUCGACCACCCAAGCUCAUGGGCGUUCGCGAACCCGGUCAACGCCGAAGAGGUCACGGACUACUACAACGUGAUCAAGGAGCCGAUGGACCUCGCGACGAUGGAGUCGAAGCUCGAGGCGAACAGCUACGAGACGCUCGACCAGUUCCUCCACGACGCGCGCCUCAUCUUUGCCAACUGCCGGCAGUACAACGAUGCCCAGUCGAACUACGUCAAGAACGCCAACAAGCUCGAAAGCUACCUCAACGAGCAGAUCAAGGUCUUUGUCGACCCGUGA